CGGCCCCGGCGGGAACCGCCGCCGCCGCCCGAAUGAAAUUUCUACACAGCUGAUGGCCCAUCAGUGGUGUUCCAGUGACCCUUCAGUGAUGUCCUAGAUCUAAGCACCUUCACCCUUUACUGGAGAAGAAACUGAAGAGAGAAAGACGUAACUGAAAAAGAACGAUUGGAAGGAACAGAUUCAUUUCUUAACAAGAUCAAGUUUGAAUUAAAUGGCUGAUAAACAGAUCAGUUUACCUGCCAAGCUGAUCAAUGGAGGGAUAGCUGGGCUGAUUGGGGUCACCUGUGUAUUUCCCAUUGACCUGGCAAAAACUCGCCUGCAGAACCAGCAGAAUGGCCAACGGAUGUACAGCAGCCUGUCUGACUGCCUCAUUAAAACGAUUCGGUCGGAAGGCUACUUUGGCAUGUACCGAGGGGCUGCAGUGAACCUGACUCUAGUGACACCAGAAAAGGCUAUCAAACUGGCAGCCAAUGACUUCUUCCGACAUCACCUCUCCAAAGAUGGGAAAAAGCUGACACUGCUGAGGGAGAUGCUGGCAGGCUGUGGUGCAGGUACCUGCCAGGUGAUUGUCACCACUCCCAUGGAGAUGCUCAAAAUCCAGCUGCAGGAUGCAGGACGCAUUGAGGCACAGAAGAAGCUCAUGGCGGCGCAGGCCCAGCUCUCCUCCUCCCCCGCGGCGGCAGCGGCCGAGCCUGCUGUGGAAAGGCGCCCCACAGCGACCCAGAUAACCAGGGAGCUGCUGCGGAGCAAAGGCAUUGCCGGACUCUACAAGGGCCUGGGAGCCACGCUGCUAAGGGAUGUCCCAUUCUCCAUUGUUUACUUCCCGCUGUUUGCAAACCUGAACAAGCUGGGCCAGAAGGAUCCCAAUGUCAAGGCUCCGUUCUACGUGUCCUUCCUCUCUGGAUGUGUGGCUGGCAGUACAGCUGCAGUGGCUGUCAAUCCUUGUGAUGUGAUCAAAACACGGCUGCAGUCCUUGCAGAGAGGAGUCAAUGAGGACACCUACUCGGGGAUCCUGGACUGCACCAAGAAGAUCUGGCAGAGGGAAGGGCCCACGGCCUUCUUCAAAGGGGCCUACUGCCGAGCCCUGGUGAUUGCUCCUCUCUUCGGCAUUGCACAAGUCGUGUACUUCGUGGGCAUCGCGGAGUUCCUGCUGGACCUGCUCCCCAAGCGCCGGGCCUAGCCCUGCGGGGCUGCCUGUGCCCCUGCCCUCUGCAGCGCCGGAUCCAUCCCCGUGUUCGCCAUCCCUGUCCAUCCAUGUCCCAGCAACAGCACAAAGGCUUCGGCAGGGCUGCCAAGGGACCUGGGGCCCACAUGGGCAGACUGGGGAGGGAGAGAGUCCCUUCUCUGCCGCCUCUGGAACCUGCCCCUCCUGCUCCUUCCACGGACAAUACUUAAUUAUUCCUCUCUCCCUCUCUCUCUCUCUCUCUCUCUCAACCUCUCUCUCUUUUUAAUUUCCCACUUUUUGGUUUUAAAUUGUCAUUCUUAAGGACACUGGUAAGCACAGACUGGGCGUGCAGACCCAGAAGUCUCCUCUCAGUCUUGGGGAGGAGGAGAAAUGGGAAAGAAGUAACUUCAGUCUCAUCCACCUCAGUUUCCCUUUCUACCUGGAGCUGCCAGCCAUCUGAGGAGGAGCUGGAGGGGCAGCUGUGUCCCCUGAGCACCUCCUCGGCUCUGCUGACCUCGGGUCAAGAGUGAAUGCUGCACAAAGGGGGCUUAACUCAUUGCUGCUGGAGGCAAGGGUGGGGGGGAUGCUGGCUCUGGCAAGUUCCUUGGCCUGGAAACCUUCAGUCCUCUCUUCUCCCUUUUUAAAAACUAGUUGGACUUAAAUGAAUUCUGACUGUUCCUAUUGAUUUUGUAAUUAUUUUUGUUUUAAAACAAAGGGAUGUCCCUCCUAACUAGGUGUCACAGGCACAUCUGGGUGAGGUGCGGAAAUAAGGUGUUUGCUCUGUAGGGAACAUGUCUGUGGGAUCACAUGAAUGUCCAAAGGUGCUUCCCUGCUUGGCUACAGGCACGGAAGGGAGAGGAACUUGGGAUCAAGUUAUUUUUGUUUAAGGGUGGGGGUUUUUGUUUUGUUUUUAGUUUUGUUUUUUUUUUUUAGUUUGUUUUUGUUUUAUUAGUUUGGUUUUUUGUGGGGGUU